AUGCCGAAUCGCAACUGUUACCUAGCUGUGGCACUUGACGACGAGAGCCUGGCGUCCCUUGGGAAGGUUGCGUCCUCCGUGGUGGCCUCAUCCGAGUUGCUAGAACUGCCUUCGGACACGGGCUUCGACGCAGUCGACCCGUCGUCCAUGCACAUGACGUUCCUGUUCUUCGGUGAACAUGCUGGGAAGCUGCCGGCACCGGCGUUGGAGACUUUGCAUGAGAGGCUUUGCAGCGAGUUGCUGGACGAGGGUUUGUCUGCUCCUAUGGCCUUCAAAGGCUUUGAAAUCUUCGGGAAGAUGAACGUGGUAGUGGCCACCUUCGAUGCUCCUCAAUCCAUGCUGGACUUACGAGAUAGGGUCCUCCAAGCUUGUCUCAAGGAUCCGUCCUUCCCCCCUGCCUUUGUCAAGCUUCUCAAGGAACAGGUCGAGUGGAUCCCACGCAUCACGCUUGGGAAGAUCCGCGCCACCCGGGCCCAGCUCUCCUCCGUCAGCUGCAGAAGGCUCCGUGCGUCGCUCAAAGCUGCACAGCCCAAGGGCCUGACGAUGCUGGGGGAGCGUCCGAAGAGAGCACGGCUGGAUUGGGACGCUGCCCUCGGAUUCUUGCCGCCGAAGCUGGCAGACCUCGAAUGA